GAGUAGGGGGAGUCCACUUCCCGGCAAGAGUUUGGGUCGCCCCCGGGAAUUCGCACCCCUUCCGCGCCUGCAGGCACUGGCGAGCUUACUGAGUCUGUCCUCCCCAGGCCCCGGGUAGUGGGGUGGGGAAGGGUCGCGUCCCGUCUGCGCCCGCCCACGGUCGGAGUCGGCUAGUAGCGGACGGCGCUAGGACCCCAGGCCAGUCCCGCCUCAGUCUGGAGACCCUCGGGAGCCUAUAUGGCCCUCUCCAAAUCCGGGCCCGGCCCCGGAGCCCAAAAUAGCCCCUGGCGCUCGCCUAUCCCACUGCAACGGGCAGAUGGCGGCGGCCCCAGAAAGUGUCCCGGUCCUUCCCGGAGGUGCUCCGUACAGAGAGCCGCCCCCGACCCGUUUCCAUGAGGUCCACGGAGUUAACAUCCGCGUGGACCCGUCGGGGACACGGGCCACCCGCGUGGAGAGCUUCGCGAACGGCUUGUGUUUCAGCCGCGAGCCGCUGGCACCGGGCCAGGUAUUCCUAGUGGAGAUUGAGGAAAAGGAGCUGGGCUGGUGCGGCCACCUGCGCCUGGGCCUGACUGCCUUGGACCCCGGCAGUCUGGCUCCGGUGCCCGAAUACUCUCUCCCUGAUCUGGUCAGUCUGGGCCGGAGUUGGGUCUUUGCCAUCACUCGCCACCACAACCGCGUGGUCACCGAGGGCCAGGAGGAAGAGCCGCCGGGCCGUCCAUCCGGCUUGCUGGACGAGCCCUAUUUGCACAUCGAACAGCUGCGGAUUCCCCGCGACCGCCUGGUGGGCCGAAGUCGGCCGGGCCGCUACAGCCACCUGCUGGACCAGCUGUAUGAGCUCAACGUACUGCCACCCACUGCGCGGCGCAGCCGCCUCGGGGUGCUCUUCUGCCCGCGUCCAGAUGGCACGGCCGACAUGCAUAUCCUCAUUAACGGGGAGGAUAUGGGUCCCAGCGCCCGAGGGCUACCCACCACCCAGCCCCUCUAUGCUGUGGUUGAUGUCUUCGCGUCCACCAAGAGUGUUCGCCUGGUCCAGCUGGAAUAUGGGUGUAGUGCCUUCCCUUCAGACCUUGUGCCGCAUUGUCAUUCAGAGAAGUGUGAUACAUAGACUUGCCAUCGAUGGGCUGCACCUGCCCACAGGCCUCAAGGAUUUCUGCAAGUAUGAGUGAGGUCCCCAAUAAAAUUCCCUAGUGCCAGGUGUCUCAGCCUCAGGAACGCCUGUCCCUAAUGCCUUUACUUAAAGCCAGAUCUUUGAAAGAACUUGCCCUACUGUAAAAUGAGCCCUUUAGGGCCACCCUGCUAGAAGUCAUAAUAAAAGAAAUGAUGAGUUCA